GCGCUGGUUCACAGGUGGAGCGCGCUAGGUGUAAAGACGGAUCUGGAACAGGCUGUGCUGCGUCCUUCUGUUCCUCUUGUGGUUCCUCCCGACAAGUCUUGAAGCGUGAACAUGUGCUCCUCUAGCAGCCCUCGGCUGUAGCCAGGCAGUAUGGCUCCUGCGUUUGUUUCCAGACAGGACAUCAGCAGCUCAGUAACACGAGGCUGGAGGCUAACGCCGACAUAGACCCUCUGACUUCAAACUGAACCCAAACCCACUGAACUGCAGUCCCGGUUAAACAUCUGGAUAUAUGAGACUCCAGCUGCCCAGGACCAUAGUUUGGACCAUGUUUUGAUUUGGUCUGAUUUGAGCUGGACUGUGCAGCUCUUCAGCACUUGGACAUCCCUGGACCCUAAACCAUGUCUUUUCUACUGGCCCAAAGCAUCGAGUGUGGACUUCUGCUCCAUCUUUGUUUCCUUCUGGUCAGCUCCCAGUACUGUGUCCCACGGAAGACCGUCUCCUACCCGAGUGACCUGAAGCUGUUCAGAGAAGAUGGGAUCCUCCAUUACUCAACUAUGCUGAUCAGAGAUGACCUGGGCGUGCUGCUGCUGGGAGCAAGAGAGGCUAUCUACGCUCUGGAUAUUAACAACAUCUCUAACAAAAAGGCUGAGGUGUAUUGGCGAGUGACGGAGGAGAAGCAGAGAGAGUGCACAUACAAGGGGAAGCUUGCAGAGGUGGAAUGUCGCAACUACAUCCGAACGCUGCACAGUAUCAACGACACUACGAUUUACGUGUGUGGCACAAACGCUUUCUCUCCAACCUGUGAUUAUAUGACGUUUGUUAACGGGCAGCUGACGCUGAAGGGAAGGCAGGAGGAGGGAAAAGGGAAGUGUCCUUUUGAUCCCUUUCAGAGAUACUCCUCCCUCAUGGUUGCAGGAAAUGACCUGUACUCUGCUACAUCUAUCAACUUCUUGGGCUCAGAGCCUGUGAUUCUGCGCAGCUCAAACUUGGCUCUGCGCACGGAGUUCAAAAACUCCUGGCUCAGUGAGCCAUACUUCGUCUACAUGGACUUUGUGGGUGAGAGUGUGGACAGUGCCGACGGGGACGAUGACAAGAUUUACUUCUUCUUCAGCGAGAACGCCAUGGAGUACGACUUCUACAGCAAAGUAGUGGUGUCACGGGUGGCUCGUGUCUGCAAGGGAGAUAUGGGCGGCCAACGUACGCUGCAGAGGAAAUGGACGUCGUUCCUGAAAGCUCGUCUGGAUUGUUCCUUCCCUGAACCCAGCCUGCCCCCCAUUGUUCAAGAUGUCUUCUUGCUGAAACACAAAGACUGGAGGAAGAGUAUCUUCUACACCAUCUUCACACCUCAGUCGGGUAUGUCCCAGAUGUCUGCAGUCUGUGCCUACACCGUGUCUUCUAUUCGAGAUGUUUUUAAUGAGGGCAAGUUUAAGACCCCUGCUGCUGUGGAGACAUCCCAUGUCAAGUGGGUGAUGUACACCGGGGAGGUGCCAGUGCCCAGGCCCGGAGCGUGCAUCAACAAUGUGGCGCGUGAACUGGGGAUGAAUCGCUCUCUGGAACUUCCAGACAAGACCCUGCAGUUCAUCAGAGACCGUCCCCUGAUGGACGAGGCUGUCCGUCCACUGACGGGGGCGCCACUGCUGCUCAAGAAGGGAGCUUUGUUCACUCGGAUCGUCGUGGACCGCAUGUCAGCUCUUGACGGAGAGAAAUAUAACGUUAUGUUCAUUGGAACAGAAAAUGGGUUUGUUCAAAAGGCUGUUAACUUUGAUGGAGAGAUGUUCAUCAUUGAGGAGAUUCAAGUGCACGAGAACCAAAACCCCAUACUGACCCUGCGCCUCUCAUCCAGCAAGGGCCAACUGUAUGCUGGUUCUGAAUUUGGUGUCGUUCAGAUACCAGUCAGUAACUGCAGCCGCUACGAGUCCUGUGUGGACUGCAUCCUGUCCAGGGAUCCUUACUGUGCCUGGGACGUUUCCUCUGCACGCUGCUCCUCUGCCCACAGUCUGUCUCCUGAAGUUGCGAUGCAAAGCCUGAAGGAGGGAAAUGUGUCGCUGUGUCCUCCACCAGAUCCAGGAGCAGUUGUCAACUUUGCCCUUGUUCCAGGGAACAACAUCCAACUGCCAUGCCAGCUUCACUCCAACCUGGCACAGGUCCACUGGAGGUCCUCGGACAGGCCGGUUCAUUCUAACAAUAAAUACUACAUCUACAGCGGAGGCCUCCUCAUUCUGAACGUAACCAAAGCAGAUGCUGGCGUGUACGCCUGCGACUCUGUAGAGCAGAUAAACAGCAGAAUAUACAACCGCACUGUGGUUGUGUAUAGUUUAAAGCUCUCCCCUGAUAAAGACGUGGUGGUCAGCACAGUGACACAAAUCUCCAUUCAGACUCUGAACACAGCUGCGACGAGCCCUGGCCUGGAAAGCGAGGAGCCGUUGCUCCCUGAGAACCAAAGCAACACCAGCAGGAUGAGCCAUCUGGAGACGGCUGUAGCUCUGCUGUCGCUGCUUUGCCUCUCCCUUCUGGGCACCAUAUUCUGGAUCUGGGGUCGACAGCACUGGAAAUGUUUUAAUUGUACUUUAUGCUCCAGGAGCAUCAAGGAAAGAAAGCACAACCAGAACAGAACUUCAGAUAGAAAACUGCUGGGGUCCGAGUCAGGGAGACCCUGCAGUAAUAAUAAUAAUCACUGCGCUGUUGACUUCAAAAGGAACGGAGAGUACCACUUCCCACCGAAGGCCAACAUUUCAAAUUUAGAUGGUCUGGGAUACAUACGUGAUGAGUCAGAGAUUUGACUUCAGUCCCAGGUCUGCAUCGGUGCAAUAAUUACCAUCCUUUUAGGUGUACUGCUACUGAAGAAUGGUUCUUAAAAACAAGUUUUUACACUAUAAAAUAUAUAAAAUCCUAAAAGCACUCUUUCCAACACUGUCUAACAUUUCCAUCCUCCGA